AAACCGCCGUAUAUGAGCAGUUGAAUUGUUUUCGUAAAUGACUUUAUAAUAAAGCAUCAGCAGACUUACCCACGAUUGGUCGGUCGUCGGAUUGGUCGGUCGUCGGAUGACAUCUCCGUUGAAGCGGUUUGAUUGAGGAAUCUUAAACGAGCCCCCACAUCACGAGGGUUAGGGUUUUACAAGGAAGCAGAGAUGCAGCAACCACCGCCGAUGAUUCCUAUGAUGCCUUCAUUCCCUCCUACUAACAUCACCACCGAGCAGAUUCAAAAGUAUCUCGAUGAAAACAAGAAGUUGAUUUUGGCAAUUUUGGACAAUCAAAACCUUGGGAAACUUGCUGAAUGCGCCCAAUACCAGGCUCAGCUUCAAAAGAAUUUGAUGUAUUUAGCUGCAAUUGCUGAUGCCCAGCCCCAAACUCCCACAAUGCCAACGCAGAUGGCUCCACAUCCUGCAAUGCAAGCAGGAGGAUUUUACAUGCAACAUCCUCAGGCAGCGGCUAUGGCCCAGCAGCAAGGUAUAUUCCCCCAGAAGAUGCCUCUACAGUUUAAUAAUCCACACCAAUUGCAAGAACACCAGCAGCAGCAGUUGCACCCACACCAUCAACAAGCCAUGCAAGGGCAACUGGGCAUGAGACCUGGUGUGCCAAACAGUGGCAUGCAACCCCCACAUGCUGAGGCCACUUUUGGUGGUGGCAGCAGCGGUGUUCCACCUCCUGCUUCAGGCAUGAGUGACAUGCGUGGAGGAAGCAAGCAAGAUCCCUCCGAAGCUGGAGCUGGAGCUGCUGGCGCCGAUGGGCAGGGCAGCUCAGGUGCUGGGCAUGGCGGUGCUGAUGGUGGAGAGGAUGCCAAGUGAAGUGGCCCGUGGAGUGUGCCACUGCGUAUGUAUGGUUGUUGAUAUUAGGGUCGCUCUGUCUUAGGUUAGGAUGGGAUGGUAUUUGUUACGGCGACAUUAUCCAGUUCCAUGUUUCUUCGGUUUAGGUAGGUGCUUUUGUUUUUUUAAGUCCUGGCAUGUCCAUGAAAAUGCAAGCAAAAGUUGACAGAAGACCGUUUAGCAGUGACGAGAAAGAUUGAUUUGAUCUUUGUGAACUUGCAUUUUUGUAAGAGCUUUUUUUAACGGGUGCUUGCUGGGUGUUGUAAAAGUAGUGAUUGGCCAUUUUUUCAGCGUUGGUUAUGGUCUGUUAGGUUGUCUCGUCAAUGGCGCGAAAUUAUGAUUACUGACCUGCUGAAGAUAGUCAGUAGGACGUACUAGUUGGAUUAAGUGAUUGUUUUGAGA